AGAAGAUCAAUGAGAGUUGGUGGCUACUGGUUACGAGUUACGACUACUUGCCCCCAUUGCCUUUUGCAUUUGAAUAUAUAUUAUGAGUUAAAAAGUCUCUCUUUCUCUUCACAUUACCUAUAAACAAAGCGGCCGAGGGUCAUUUCCUUUCCCUUUCACCAACCUCUCUAUUCGAUCGAAAAACAAUGGCCUCUUCUUCCUCUCUCACCCUAUCUCAAGCCCUCCUUGCUCGAGCCAUCUCUUCCCAUGGCUCUGCCCAACCCUCUGACCACCGCGUCUCUCUCUCCGCCCUCUCUAUUCCCACUUUCUCCGGCCUUAAAUCUGCUUCCCCACGCGCUUCCACUUCCUGUCGCCGGCUUCCCACGCGCUCUACCCGGAAUCACCAAGUCCGUUCUGCCGCUGUCGAGACGAUUGGUACCGCCGCCGAGACUUCAUUGGUCGAGAAAUCGGUCAAUACGAUCAGAUUCUUGGCCAUUGAUGCUGUCGAGAAGGCCAAUUCAGGGCAUCCUGGGUUGCCCAUGGGCUGUGCUCCAAUGGGUCACAUUUUAUACGAUGAAGUUAUGAGAUAUAACCCGAAGAACCCUUAUUGGUUCAACCGUGACCGUUUCGUAUUGUCCGCUGGUCACGGUUGCAUGCUACAGUAUGCUCUGCUUCACCUCGCUGGUUACGACAGUGUCCGAGAAGAUGAUUUGAAGAAUUUCAGGCAGUGGGAAAGCAGAACCCCAGGACACCCCGAGAACUUUGAAACACCUGGAGUUGAAGUCACAACUGGUCCUCUUGGUCAAGGCAUUGCAAAUGCCGUUGGAUUGGCUCUUGCUGAGAAACACUUGGCUGCUAGAUUCAAUAAGCCAGACAAUGAGAUCAUCGACCACUACACAUAUGUUAUUUUGGGAGAUGGUUGCCAGAUGGAGGGUAUUGCAAAUGAAGCUUGUUCACUUGCUGGACACUGGGGACUUGGAAAGCUUAUAGCUUUCUAUGAUGACAACCACAUUUCCAUUGAUGGGGACACUGAAAUUGCCUUUACAGAGAGUGUUGAUAAGCGUUUUGAGGGGCUUGGGUGGCAUGUUAUCUGGGUCAAGAAUGGAAACACUGGCUACGAUGAAAUUCGUGCUGCUAUUAAGGAAGCAAAGGCUGUCAAAGACAAGCCCACUCUGAUCAAGGUGACAACCACCAUUGGUUAUGGAUCUCCAAACAAGGCAAACUCAUACAGUGUACAUGGUAGUGCAUUGGGUGCCAAGGAAGUGGAUGCUACUAGGAAAAACCUUGGAUGGCCAUAUGAGCCUUUCCAUGUACCUGAAGAUGUGAAAGGGCACUGGAGUCGCCAUGUCCCUCAAGGUGCUGCUCUCGAAGCCGAAUGGAAUGCAAAGUUCUCUGCAUAUGAGAAGAAUUACAAAGAGGAAGCUGCAGAGCUCAAGUCAAUAAUCACUGGUGAACUACCUGCUGGCUGGGAGAAGGCACUUCCAACAUACACUCCAGAGAGCCCAGCUGAUGCUACCAGAAAUCUCUCUCAACAAAAUCUCAAUGCCCUUGUAAAAGUACUCCCAGGUCUUCUUGGUGGAAGUGCAGAUCUUGCUUCUUCCAACAUGACCUUGCUCAAAAUGUUUGGGGAUUUCCAGAAGGACACCCCUGAGGAACGCAAUGUUCGGUUUGGUGUUAGGGAACACGGAAUGGGAGCUAUCUGCAAUGGCAUUGCCCUUCACAGCCCUGGCCUGAUUCCAUACUGUGCUACUUUCUUUGUCUUCACUGACUACAUGAGGGCCGCCAUUAGGAUUUCUGCCUUGAGUCAGGCUAGAGUUAUCUACGUUAUGACCCAUGAUUCCAUUGGUCUUGGGGAAGAUGGACCAACUCACCAGCCAAUUGAGCACUUGGCAAGCUUCCGUGCAAUGCCUAAUGUUUUGAUGCUCCGUCCAGCUGAUGGAAAUGAAACGGCUGGAGCAUACAAGGUUGCUGUCCUCAAGAGGAAGACACCCUCAAUUCUUGCCCUUUCCAGACAAAAGCUACCCCAAUUAGCUGGAACUUCCAUUGAGGGGGUUGAAAAAGGUGGCUACAUCAUUUCAGACAAUUCUUCAGGCAACAAUCCUGAUGUAAUUCUGAUUGGAACUGGUUCUGAGUUAGAGAUCGCUGUUAAAGCUGCUGAUGAACUAAGGAAGGAAGGGAAGGCUGUAAGGGUUGUCUCCCUUGUUUCAUGGGAGCUCUUUGAUGAGCAAUCAGAUGCCUACAAGGAAAGUGUUUUCCCAUCUGCUGUAACAGCUAGAGUGAGUAUUGAAGCUGGAUCAACAUUUGGGUGGGGGAAGAUAGUUGGAUCCAAAGGGAAGGCAAUCGGAAUUGAUCGGUUUGGGGCAAGUGCACCAGCAGGGAGAAUAUACAAGGAAUUUGGUUUAACUCCAGAGGCUGUUAUUGCUGCAGCCAAAGAACUUUGCUAAGCUUGGUUCAAUGUCUCUGCGGAAACUUAAGGUUUUCGAUUGAAGAUGUCGCUGAAGAGCUAUUCCAAUUGUGACAGUCUCUUCUGUUUUGUUUUCUUUAAUAAGAAACAGAUUCAAAAUUUCUUUUGUUGCUUAUGAUUCAUCAAUAGCAGCAGUGAGCAAAAGGGAGGUUAGAGUUUCUUUAUGUUUAUGGAUUUGUAACUUCUCCUGGGACUUAUCCGGAUUUCUGCUUUGGCCUGAGAUAUAAAAUGAGUUUGUAUAAUUUUGCUUUUCAGAAUAAACAGUUUGAUUCCCCCACACUAAA